GAACUGGUAGCCAUGGCAGUGUUGUGAUGGCGGAGAUGCAAACAAAGGCUCGCGGAUCCAGAAACAGAAAAUGGAAGGCAGAUUCUGAAGGAAAUAUAUAUACAUCAAUUGUCAUUAUGUGAUGACCCAAACAAAAAUAGUUUUGAAGGAGUCUUCACAAUGGAAGUGGCUGCCUGUCUGUCUGUCCGAGAGGCUUUAGUGGAGCAGGGUGUGACAGGAAUCUACACAAAAUGGCCGAAUGAUCUCUGGCUCCGAGGUCACAAACUGUGUGGGGUGAUGGUUGAACCAUAUGAAAUGGACAGCAGUCUGUAUGUCCUGGGAAUCGGUCUCAACCUGAAUGCUGACUGUAGGAGAGACCCUGAUUUAUGCUCCAUUGCUACCAGUGUUAGGUGUGAAAGACAUGGCGUCGGUCUAUCAAGGGAGACAACUCUGGCUUACUUGUGUAACAGGUUAGAGAAGAACCUGACAAAGACCCAGUCAGAUCUGCGGCAGAUGUUUUACAGCAUCACCUGUAUAAGCCAUCCGAUGGUAUCGUGGUUCAACAGGAUGGGAAAUUGUCGGAUGGAAUUUUCAAGAAAGUACUUGAAAACUGGAACAUUGAAGUCAGUUAUAGAAAUGGUGACACAGUCAGUGGAACAAGUCGACAACUGUCAGUCCGGCCGGCGCCAUCUCAGACAAUAUAUGUGUGCGAGGGAGGGGGACUGGUCAGUGCAAGUACUGGAAGGCUCUACCAGACUCUGGUAUCUCUUACUGACCUGAGCAGCACGU